AUGUUUUUCUCUGUUAAAGAGUCGGAUACAUCUAUGCUUGAACACAAGAAGAAGCAGAAGGAAGAGAAGACUGCAAUGGAGGAGGAGAUGGAGAAUAUGAGAAAAGAGCAAGCGGAAGCAGAUAAGUUGAACGAGGAUAGGGAACGGGAGAAAAAGGCAAAACAGCAACAGCAAGUCAUCAUGGUAGGCAGGCCGCCUGCAGCGGCGCCCGCAGGCACGGCGGCCACCUGCGCGCGGGCACUGCGCCCGCGCGCAAGGGCGUCGCCUGCGGACGCUGGGCCUGCACGCGAGCCGCUAGCAGCGGCGGCAGCGAGCCCUAGCGGGCGGCGCUGGCCAGCUGGUGCGGCGCCGCCCGUGGGCAGAGGCGCCGCGAGGCAGCGGCUCCUGCGGGUGCCGCGCCCGCGGUGGCGCCCACCUGCAGGGGCGGCGCCGCCCCCCGCCCCCCGGCCCCUGCAGUGGCCGCCGCCGGCAACACAGAAACAGAAGGGGAGAGGGUUAGGGUUUUCUGGGCAAAAGACAGUUUUACCCUUCGAAAUUUGA